AUGAGGUUCACAGCUUUGCCUUCUCUAUUGCAUCUCCUUCCUGCCUUAUCAAUAUUUCUUGACCUACAAGGCGUGUGGGGGAAGCCGAUUUCCCACCUCUCUAAAUGCAAGCUGGCUCAAUACCCAGGGCCUAGCAAUCCCAGCUUCGAGACGGGCGAUCUCACUGGAUGGCAUGUCUUGAGCGGCACGGCCUUUGGCAAUGGAUCUGUUACUGCUCAGACCUCGUACUGGGGAGGCUCCUUCAACCAGAAGGGGAAGUACUUCGUCGAUAGCUUCGUCGCCUCUGGGGACCCAGCCAUUGGGCAGCUUCGGUCAGACUCCUUUCUAGCGAGCUCGUAUCUCAGCUUCCUCAUUGGUGGUGGCUAUGACCCCGUCAAUCUUUAUGUCGGCCUAGUGCGCGACAGUGAUGGGACUCUACUCAAGAGCCAAACCGGCAUGAACGAUGAAGCCCUCGUUCGGGUCAUCUGGGACACAUCAGCUUGGGCCGGCCAAGAUGUGCAUUUGCUCGUGUACGACAACAACAGCGGCUCGUCGUGGGCCCACAUCAACAUUGACGAUGUCCGCACAGGAUGCAAAGCCCUCCAGGACGAUAAUGGCCUCACCUUUACGGUGUUUGGAGAGGCCAAUCAGCCCGCUGCUGGCAGCUCAUCCUCCUGCACCCUUUAUGCUGCUGAUCCAGUUCGUCCCCAGUACCAUUACUCCCCCUACCAGGGCUGGAUCAAUGACCCUGCCGGUCUGAUCCAGUGGAACGGCCAGCAUCACCUCUUCAGCCAGUUCUACCCAGACGCUCCCCUCUGGGGCCCCAUGCACUGGGCCCAUGCUACCAGCUCGGACGCUGUGCACUGGGCCGAGCGUCCUGUGGCGCUGUAUCCGCCGUAUCCAGACAAUCCUCAGGAUACCAGUGGCCGCUGGACUGGUAGCGCCGUCAAAGACGCCCAGAACCAGCUUCAUAUCCUCUUCACGGAUUUCACCGACCUUGCGCUGCACCCUGGUAGCACGGAACAGGUCGUCUCGGCGGCAACAAGCAGUGAUGGAACUUCUUUUUUACUCUAUUCGCAGAACCCGGUCAUCGGCACCGUUCCUGCAGGCUCCAGCAAUGGUUUCCGUGACCCAAAGGUCUUCCAGGACCCAACUGACAAUAGCUGGAAAAUGGUGGUAGGUUCUGGAGAAGGCAGCCAGGGAAAGGUGCAUCUUUACCGCUCGACGGACCUGGUGUCGUGGACAUACGUCGGUGUACUGUUCGAGGGCGAUGGUUCUACGGGCUCGAUGUUCGAGUGUCCGAACUUCUUCCCGCUGGGUGACAAAUGGGUACUGUUCUAUGGGGGCCGCAGUCUGGGCUGGUUCGAAGUUGGCAGCUACAAUGGCACCUCGUUCAUCAGCGAGACGAGUGGCCUACUUGACGCCGGUCCAGACAGCUACGCCAUGCAAUGGUAUAAGGAUGCCUCCGGCCGUAACCUCGCCAUUACAUGGCUGGGCAACUGGCCGACUUCCAAGUGGCCGAGUCGCUUGAACGGCUGGGCUGGCCAGCAGUCCAUUACUCGCGAGCUCUUCAUCCGUCCGGACGGUGGACUGGGAAGUCGUCCAAUCCCUGAACUGGUCAGCCUCGAACAGCCCGCCAGCGCCAAAGUCUGGACUCAGAAGAAGAUUGGCAACACCGCCGUUGUCCUGGGCCAAACCACCACCGCUCGUCUGCGGCUCACCAUCGAUACUGCCUCCUCGACCGCAACCUCUUUUUCAAUCCAUCUAUUUGCCUCGUCCGCAGAAUCUGUUCUCGUCUCGUACAACUUCGCCGCGAGACUUCUCACCCUUGACACCUCCAACGCCGGCUACGGCCAGACAGGACAGUGGCAGCCCAUUGUGGCGCCGGGAAGUGACGGGAAGCUGUCGCUGGACAUCUUCCUCGACCACAGCACGCUCGAGAUAUUCUCAUCUGAUGGCGUUGUUACUAGUAUGCGCGUCUACCCACGGUACCAGGAGUCGCAGGAUAUUAAAAUCGAAGCGAGUGGGCAGGUGGUGUUUGAUAGCAUUUCACUGACGCCUUUGGAAUCGAGUUGGUGUUGA